AUCCAUCCCAUCAUGGCCUCCCUUCUCCCCCCACAGCAGCACUCGCAGCCGUCGAGAAAGGGCAAGAAGGCCUGGCGCAAAAAUGUCGACGUUUCCGACGUGCAAUCCGGUUUGGACGAGAUCCGAGAGGAGAUCAUUCAAGGCGGAACGGCGCUCGCUUCCCGCGACCUCGCCGACCUUUUCGCCCUCGACACCAAGGGCGACACGCACGCCCGACUCCAGUACCAGCGUGACCAUCGCCUGAAGAAGCCCCUCAAGUCCGAGGAGAUCCUCGCGCAACGCUCGGCUGUGCCGGCCGUCGGCUCGAAAAAGCGACCGGCCCAGACCACUGAUGGCGUCUUGCGGACGACGAAGAAGCAGCGCGGGGAAGGCAUCUCCUAUAAGGAGCUAGAACGGCUGCGGAAGAUCGCAUACGCAGGGACGCAAGGCCCGUCUCACGAGAUCGGGAAGCCGGAUCUGCACGAGCGAGCGAGCAAAAACGAACUGAGCGAUUUGUGGGCCGCGCCGGCCAAGGAACCCGCCACGGAUGCGGAAAAAUUCGAUUUCCUCCCGAAGAAAAAGCCCACGCGGGCCCCCAACACCAUCAAGCGCGCACCGCUUGCGCUGUCCGCGAGCGGGAAACCAGUACGGUCGGUCGCGAAGCCGGACCCGGGCCGGAGCUACAAUCCCCUGUUCGACGACUGGACCAACCUGUUCGACCGGGAGGGCGCGAAGGAGGUGGAGAAGGAACGGCAGCGGCUCGCCAGCGAGGAGCGGGAGCAGGAGCGACUCGCGCGGGUGGCGGCUUCGGCGGCGGAGGCGGAGCGGAAGGAGGCGGAGGAGGACGCGUACUUCACGGAGAGCGAGUGGGAGGGGUUCAACAGCGAGCAUGAGGAGGGGGAGGCGAAGACCGUGAAGGCAUCGAAGCUGAAGUCGCAAGCAGAGCGGAACAAGAUCAAUCGGCGGAAGGAGGCGGAGCGAAAAGCGGUGCACGAGAAGAAAAUGAAGCAGAAGGAUGAGCAGUUGCGACGGGUGAAGGCGUUUGCGCAGGAGGUGCGCGAGAAGGAAAAGGCGAGGCAGGAGAAGUUGCGGCAGAAGGGCGAGAUUAGUGAUGAGGAUAGCGCGGACGAGGAGACGUUGAGGCGAAAGAGUUUCGGCAAAUCACAAAUCCCGGAUCAACCGCUUGAGCUCGUCCUUGCCGACGAGUUACAGGAGUCCCUCCGCCUGUUGAAGCCGGAAGGCAACAUAUUGAAGGACCGUUUCCGAAGCAUGAUCGUCCGGGGCAAAAUCGAGUCGAGGAAGCGGAUCUCCCAGCACAAGAAACCCCAGCGCAAGGCCACGGAGAAGUGGACCUACAAGGACUGGAAGCUGUAG